GGUAGACAGCAAUCAGACAGCCUAAAGAGUUCCCAUUCAAGCUGGGAACUUCGUGCACCAUGCUACCAUUUGUGCUGCUCACUCUCCUGCUGCUGACUGUUAGCCGAUGCCACCCUAUCCCUGGAGGGGACACAAUGCAGACGGGGGGAACAUGCUGGCUUCUACAAGGUUCAAGUUCAACCUGCAGCUUGAUGCUGUUAACAGCAGUAACAUGGGAUGAAUGUUGUGGAGAUGGACACCUAGACACUGCCUGGUCCAACUAUACUGACCCCAUGAACAAGAUAGACCUGCUGGGUUUCCUAGGACUGGUCAACUGCAAGCCCUGCAGAGACAGCUGUGAUGGGGUCCAGUGCCCCCCUGGAAAGACAUGUAUUCUGAAGGAUGGGCGUCCUCAGUGCGAAUGUGCCCCUGACUGUUCAGGACUCAAUGGUGAUGUUCCUGUAUGUGGCUCUGAUGGGAACACUUACCAGGAUGAAUGUGAACUUAUCACCCACAAAUGUCGUGGACAGCCAGACCUGGAGGUCAUGUACUAUGGAAAAUGCAAAAAAUCGUGCUCCAAUGUGGUCUGCCCAGGGACACAUUCUUGUGUUGUGGACCAGACAGGAAGUGCCCAUUGCGUCAUGUGCCGUACAUCCCCCUGCCCGAUGCUCGCGCUUGACUACAUGCUGUGUGGGAACAACAAUGUCACCUAUCCCUCUGCCUGUCAUCUUCGAAGAGCCACUUGCUUCUUAGGACGAUCUAUAGGGGUUCGUCACUCAGGCAGCUGUGCAGAGCACUCAAAAUUUUCCAUGGAUCUCGAUGAUGCAGUGAAGAACUAUGUGUGAAGUCAUCAUGAUUUAAUAGCCAUGUCAAAAUGAGCACACGGGCAUUCCAUGUGUAUAUUGUACAUAGCGUGAGGCAUAUUUAUUAACUGGAAUUGUUAUUUAUAUGUAUCAGACAGACUCCACUACCCAAGCACACUCAUAACAGAGUUCAAGAGCUAAACUCUUGAAAACUAUAAGAUGGUAUGAUAUUGUGUUGGAAAUGCUAUGUUUUAUUAAUCUGUUGCCACUAUGUAUUGGUGGACACAACCCAUGUUUAAAUAGCAUUUUGAAUGUGUACCUAGGGCAAAAGAUAACUUCCCUCCAUGUUUUCCAGGUUUGCAUGGAGGAGUGCAGAGAAUAUUAUCCCAUACCAAGCCAAAUAUGAUAUUGAGACCACUGCUUUACUGUCACCUGAAGACACAAAGGAAAGCUAAGGGACAUUGUGAAACAUAAAAAUGAGCUGUUAUCAUCAGUUAUAUUACAUAAGUUAGUGAAUGAAUCAAAAGAUUGCGAUCGCCUCCCCUCCCCAUAACAAAACACCAGAAUGAUGCCCACAUGACAUUUAUUUAGAAUACAUUGAUCGUUGUAAGACUAUUGUACCAUAUGACAUGAAAACAUUUGUUGCUGGCACAUCCCAUGCCAGCAUAUGACAGCCACAUCAAUGGGCUUUCUGUCAUUGUAUAAUCCCUAUCUCCUGUUCAGUUUUGGGUGUAACUUGCCUCCUAAAUGUAAAGGUCAGAGACCACAGUGCUAUUUUUUUCUAUUUUUCUAUCUCUUGUGUCCUUUCUCUUUUUUCUAUCCAUGACAAUAAAAGAUACAAAUGUAACACAUAUUCAUUGUUUCUUUAAUGGAAUUAAAUGCUGUUGGAUCUA